AUGAGUACCAAGUGUUCAAUCGCAUUCUCCUCCCCCUCCUCCCCUCUCUCCCCCCCUUCCCCUUCCCCCCUCGGCUUCCCUUCCCCGUUUCCCCUCCUUGGUCUCAGAAUUGAGAUCAUGGGGUUUGAAGUGGCAAACGUGAUCGUCAGGGCAAUCAACCUGCGCCAGUCGCUGCUAGAGCGGGAUAUAGAGGACCUUCGGGCGGAGGUGCUGGCAUCGGAGGGCAUAAGGAUGCUGGUCUCGGAUGAUUUCUACCACGUGUGGUGCAUUGCUGCCGAGGACAAGCGGGGCGAGUUGAGAGCAGUGGCGAGGGAUGUGGCACGGCUGGGCAAGCAAUGUCUGGACCCGGCAUUGCAUUCGCUCACACAGGCCUUUGACGCUCUCGGCACCAUGGAUGGACCCAAGGGCCGAAUGACAUCAGUGGAGGUGGAGGGGGAGUUGCGAGCUUUGGAAGGGCAGGCGCAGAUCACAGCGGAGCUGUACCACGAGUUGGCGAAUCUGGAGCAGCUGCAGCAGUCGUUGGACAGACGGGUGAAGCAGGACUCCGACUCCGCUGUAAACAGAGAGCUGAUAGCGCAGAUGCGGGCAGAGAUGAAGGCACAGGAGAAGAUAGUGAAGACGAUGAAGAAGAAAGGGCUUUGGUCGAAGACCAUGGAUGAGGUGGUGGAGAAGCUAGUUCAGGUGGUCAUAUUCCUGCACGACCAGAUUGUGGACGUGUUUGGGGCCGAUGUGUUGAAGGUGGGUCACCUCAUGUCCGGCACGCCUCCCACAGCUGCUGAUCUGCCUCCCAUCCAUGCCGCUCAUACACCCUUCCUCCUUCCCCUUUCCCCCUGCAGUGGUGAAGUCGACUCGAAGCUUCCCCCUUCCCCCAGCCACUGCAGUGGUGAAGGUGGGGCGCCUCAUGCCGGGCACGCCUCCCCGGAUCUGCCUGCCCCAUCCAUGCUGCCCAUGCACCCCUCUUCCUUCUUAUCUAUCCAACCCCACUAUGUCUCCUCCUUCCCCUUGCCCCCUGCAGUGGUGAAGGUGGGGCGCCUCAUGUCCGGCACGCCGCCCUCGGCUGCUGAUCUGAGGAAGCUCGGAGUGAACGGCAUGGCGCUGCAGUACGCCAACAUUGUCAACAUGAUCGACACCAUGGUGAUGCGCCCAGCAUGCGUGGAGACUCAGAGGGAGGCGCUUUUCUCUGCUCUUCCUGCUUCUGUCUGUGGGCGGUUGAAACGCACGCUGCUCCAGUCGCAAGACAUAGAGCAGGAGAGCACGGAGAGCAUUCGGCAGAAGAUGGAGGCGGUGCUGGACUGGCUGGUUACCAUGGCAGAGAACACAAUUCGGUUCGGGCUAGACAGCAGGGUUCGGGCUAGACAGCAGGGUGCAGUGCAGGGGCACACAGACCUGACGCUCCUGCAGACGCUGCUUCAGCUCCCCAUCACGUUCUUUCCCAGUUCUCCUCCUGCCAUCUCCCUUGCUCUCAUUCUCCCUCUUCACUCUUUCCCCCCACCCAGGUUCGGGCUAGACAGCAGGGUGCAGGGGCACACGGACCUGACGCUCCUACAGACGCUGCAGCAUGUGGAUCAUCUCAAGAUGGAACGCCUCGUGCUGCUGCUGCUCGUGGGGCUUCAGCACCUCGCCAGCCGCAGCGCGGACAAUGACUGGAGCCCUGUUCCCCGCGGGGCCGUGCUUGCACCGGUGUAUUCCCCUAGGGGGGCAGCUGAAGGAGCUUCUGCAGCAGCAGGAGAAGCAGCAGGAGGAGCAGCAGGAGGAGGGGGAGGCAAGGAGGCAGAGUUGGCAGUUGUGCCGCCCAUAUCUCUCUCCCGCGCCCGUCGCAGCCUCUCAGAGAGCGUCCCAACGGUGGGCGAUUGGGAAACCCUCCCCCGGCGCAUUGCAGCAAUGGAGGAGGAGGAGAAGGCACGCGCAGAAGAAGGGGCCUCGGAUUCUGCCGCAGCAGAGGGGUUGGGCGGUGGGGAAACCGGUCGGCCUCGAUCGGCUGGGCUUGAAGCUGGUGCGGUGGAUGCGGCAGGCUCGGCCGAGCCUCCGGUGUGGCGGCAGGUCCGGCAGGCGUCUCUUACUGAAGUAUCCCUGGAGCCGGUACCUGAGGUGGAGGUGAUGGAAGGGGAGGAGGGAGAGGGCGAGGGAGAAGAGGAGGGAGAGGGGGAGAAGGGAGAGCGAGAGGAAGGAGAGGAGGAAGAGGAGGAGGUGCAUAAGAAAGAGAAGGACGAUUUCCCGCUCGACCGAGGCAAGCUGCCAGGCUCGGCAGCAGGCUCGGGGCCGCCGUUGGCGGGCGAAGCGCUGCUAGCAGCAAUGACCAUGAGCCAGGGCUUUGGUCCGGCGGCCCGAGGCGCAGCUUCGGAAGAGAUGAUGGAGGCAAUGCGAGAAGCCACGUACGGCCGAAGCAGGAGCCACACGUUUGCCAUGGCGGCUCGGCCCGAGCCUAACCCUCGGUUCUUCACAAAGUCCCUAAGCAGAUACAGCCUGCUGAGGCGAAUGGAGGCGGAGGAAGCAGUGGGUGGUGGUGCUGCGGGCAGCAGCAGCACUGGGGGAGGAGGGUCGAUAUUUGUGGCGCCUCAGAGGUUCUUACCGAUGACUCCUGCAACGGUGGAUGUGGAUCGAAUCCACGACGUGAAGCCUGAUCUGGACCUCACCAGUGUGGCUGCGCCUAGACUGGGAGGCAGACUGGUGUAG